UUUUUGCUGCCAGUUAAGGGGUUAAACUUUUCGAACAUGUGUACAGAGGGACUGCAGAAAUCCCUGACAGAGUGAGGUCAGGGAGCUGAAAGCCCUCAAGUCUCCGUACGGUGGCCGUUAGGGGCCAUGUAAACUCAGAAACUUUAAACGGUUAAGGCAGGGGUGCUCAUGCUGCAUGAUCGCAGGUUGUGCGGCUUUACUGGGCUGGGAAUAUCUGCUGCAAUGCUUUGAAAAGUUUCCUUCAGUUUAGCCUGCUGCAGCUGUUAGCUACAAGCACAGCCUUUAUUUAUGGCUGCGAGCAGCUAGCUGAUGAUUAGCCUCCUAGAUGAAUGAAUAACAGUACGGUCCAGGUGGAGGUGGUGGUGUUCGGGUUUAGUUUGAACUACUGCUUUUGGUUCGUUUGGUAGUUGAACUGCAGGCCCACCUAUCCCCGCUGUCACCUCUCUGUUAGCUCAGAGUUAGCGUUAGCUCGAGUGUUUUUGUUCCUGUUAGCUGAGUGCUAGCAGGCUAACGCUGCCAUGGAAACGGGAGAUUCGCUGGAUCCGCGAUAUGUCGAGAGGGCCAAAACGUUCUGGGCCGAGGAGGACGUGGAUCAGGUCUUCAGCGGGGUUUUCCAGUACCUGGACCGUCUGAAGGCGGUCCUGAAGAGGAGCGCAGCCACAGACAAAGAGUACGUUCAGGCCUUCAAGCUGCUCGAGAUUCUGGACUGCUGCUCCUCCUCGACCUGCCCUCAGGACCAGGACCCCUCGGUGGUCCAGGUGGUGAUCGGCUCAGAUGAGCUGCUGCCUGCUGACUUCCUCCAGCACAGCCCUUCUUCCUCGUGUUCCUCCUCCUCCUCCUCUCCCAUCUUUCUCCCGUUUAAUGGUCUGUCCAGUCCCACGGCGCCACCUGCUGACAGAGAAGAGCUGCUGCCUCCUCUGGAGCCCAUCCAGCUGCAGUACCACCCCCACACCUGCUCCAAGGCCUGCUUAGCCAGUUUACCCAGCAUGCCUCAGUCCACACCGCUGUUCUGGGGCCAGAACCCGCUAAAGAUACCACUGCUCUGCGGCUUCAAGAGGCUGACCGCCAUGCCACUGAUUAUUGCAGUAAGAGGGGGUGGAGCCUGGGACCGGGAUCAGGAGCAGGAAGACCUGGAAAGCUGGGACGUCAUCUACAAGGCGCCGUGUGGGCUGAGCCUCCGUAACUAUGACGAUGUAAUGCUUUUCCUGUUGGCUACAGAGAGCUACGACAUCCUACAGGUCGACUUCUUCACCUUCAACCCCUCCGUGAUGUUGGACCCUCCUUCGCUGGCGGGUUCUCAGCAACCUGAGCAGGACCUGAGCCGGGGGGCGGAGCCAACACCGGUGGAGCUGUGCGUCGGGGACGGCGGAGCCCGGCCUGCCGACUUCCGCUACAGGAAGGACCGCUGGCCGCACGGCUGCUUCCUGAGCCACAGCCCGGUACUGUUCAAGGCGUGCUGCGACUGCACGGACGGCUGCAGCGACGCGAAGCGCUGCGCCUGCAUGGCCAUGACCAUUGGAGGGCGCCACUACCGCCAUCACAGGCUGCUGCAGCCCAUUCCAUCAGGCCUAUUUGAAUGCGGGCCGUGGUGCGGCUGUGACCGAGCUCGCUGUCAGAACCGUCUGGUCCAGAGGGGCAUCAGGGUCCGCCUCCAGGUCUUUAAGACCCAGAACCGUGGCUGGGGGGUGCGUUGCCGUGACGACCUGGACCGCGGCACCUUCGUGUGCAUUUACGCAGGUGUGGUCCUGCAGAGGGUCCCGAGUCCCGCCGAACCGCAGCCGGCGAAGAUGAUGAGGUCGGACCUGCCGUCUGACGACGAGGUGGAGGUCGUCACCGAGUGGCUGGCCCCACCUGUGCUGGAGGGUCGGAGCAGCCUGCUGGAAACACCCCCGCCUGUCUCACCUUCACUGCAUGUCCCUGUGAUUCAAAGACCCUCUGACAGCAGCGCCGCCACCACGGACCGAGAUGAGGUUCAGCCGGUGCUGAUUGGAGGCCUGGAGCCGACGUCUCCUUCAUCAGGUGACCAAGUGCAGGGCGAGAAGGACGCUGUGACGUCGGAGGAUGAUGGCGUGAGCGGCACGAAGGCGAGGAGGUAUUUAAAGAGAGCGGCGACGGUGGACGACGUUUGUUUUGUGGACGCGAGCAGGGAGGGAAACGUGAGCCGCUUCAUCAACCACAGCUGCCUGCCGAACCUUUUCAUCCAGAACGUCUUCACCGACUCCCACGACCCCGCCUUCCCCGUCAUCGCCUUCUUCACCAGCAGGACCGUGUUGGCCGGCACUGAGCUCACCUGGGACUACUCUGCCACCGUGCCGGCCGAUUCACCGCAGAAACAGGAAGUGCCCUGUCUCUGCGGUAGUGACGGUUGCCAGGGACAUUUCACCGUCGAGGAGAACCUGUGUGACAUUUGUGAGGACAAAGGUCAGGCAGCACCGAAGGCCCAGUGAUCCUCCACGUUACAGGGCGGUUCCGAAAGUUCUUAUAAAGUUUUUCUGAAACGUUUUUCAUAAUAAACAAAGUUUCAGCUGUGCAGUUUUAUUCUGACACUGUGAUGGAUUUAAUGUUUAAUAGGUAAUGCAACUUUUAUUUUGUAACUGUGCUCAAAGUGUCUUUAAGCAAAAAUAAACUCAAAGUUUAGAAACAAAGAUACAUGAUUUUAUUUUAAACAAAGAUACAUGAUUUUAUUCAGAAUGUCCCAAUGUAUUCUUAACUACAUUUUAUUUUGAAAAUUCAUCUAAAUGUGUUCA